UUCAAGGACUUUUUUUCUGUUUGAAAGUUGUCAACAGAAGAAGAAGUGAAGAAGAGGAAGAGGAAGAGGAGGAGGUGAAGAAGAAGAGAAGAAGAAGAAGAAAGAGCAGCAGCAGCAGCAGCGGAGCGUGUGAGCAGCUUCUCGCCGGAGGAGGAGUGAUGGGCUGCGGCCACAGUAAGAAGAAAAGCAAAGGCAAGCGAGGAGAGAAGAGCCAGAAGCUCCAGAGCGGCCGAGAUGACGGAGGUAAAGGUGCGUCCGCUGAGCAGGACGUCUUCCUGGAGAAGCAGCUGGAGCGCUUCGAGUGGCAGCUGAGGAUUCUGAAGGAAGUGCUCUUGGCCAAUGGGAACCUGGAGAGGGCGGAGCUUCUCAAAGACCACGCUGACGUGGACGUGUGCGCCCUCGUCCAGAGCAUCCUCGACAAGGUGAAAACGGAGACGACGGCCGAUUCAAACGUUUUCCACGAACAGAAAAGUCAAAUUGCGACUGAGGAACACGAGCGACACGUGGAAGAUCUGCACAAGAGACACGAACAAGAGAAAAAUCAACUGACGGUAAAUUUUCAAGUUGCUGAAAACGUCCUGAAGGGGGAAGUGGAGGAGCUGAGAGCAGAGCUGAAGGUUUACAACGACCUGAAGAAGAGAGCUGAAGAUUCCACGUUCAAUAAAGACCUGCAGAGAAAUAUUCAGGCCCACGGCAGCCCAGGUGCAUUCUGGGAGUCUGAGCAGGAGUCUCUGGUGUUUGUCAUUGAGAUGAAGAGCGAGCGUGUGCAGGAGCAGAGCAGGAAGCUGCAGCAGAUGGAAGAUCUGGUGGAGAAGAAUCUGUCGUUAGAAGAUCAGAUCAUCAACGUCCUGCAGCAGAACGAGGAUCUCCGAGUCCGGAUCGACAACUGUCAGACCCUCACUCAGCAGUUACUAAAGGAGCAGCUUGACCUGAAGGUGGCGCUGGAGCGGCAGGCAGCAGUGAACCAGAAACUCUCUCAGGAAAAAGAGCAGCUGAUGUUCAAGCUGCGACACAGAGACUCGUGUCCGACCCUGCACCUGCCCGUCAUGGUGCACGAGAUCGCCCCCCGAUGACUCCGUGGAGUUCAAAACCAGACUCAAAGAUUCUCAAGCCUACGAGCCGUUUGUCUGGUUUCUUCAAACUGGGUGAAAGCUGCACAUCCUACCAUCCACCAACAGGAGGCGUGGUCCAGGUGUGAAUCCACAUCAGGUCGUUUUAAAGUCUGAGUCUGUUUGUCCUCUGAGCGGCUUCACCAGCGAGGCCGGAGAACUCUCUGCCCCCUGCUGUCCGUGAGACGCCAUUACAGCUGCUGCUCUUCAGCCGACACAAGGACUCAAAGACCCUGAGAACAGACGUCAGGUCGUCUCCACUGAUCUGUCGUCUGUUCCUCCGGCUUCUCACUCGGGAACGAGUCACAUGUUGUCACGGUCUAAAUGUUUUGUAAAAACCUGCAAGUGAAACAACUUCGGAUCAAACACGGUCAGAUCCUGUUUUAAUGCUGCUGAUGAGUUCACGUCUCAGAGACGUCACUUCCUCCUCGUCGAGCAGCUCUGGUUAGUUCCCUCAGCGCUGGUUAGUUCCCUCAGCGCUGGUUAGUUCCCUCAGCUCUGGUUAGUUCCCUCAGCUCUGGUUAGUUCCCUCAGCGCUGGUUAGUUCCCUCAGCGCUGGUCAGUUCUCUCAGCUCUGUUUAGUUCCCUCAGCUCUGUUUAGUUCUCUCAGCUCUGUUUAGUUCCCUCAGCUCUGGUUAGUUCCCUCAGCUCUGGUUAGUUCCCUCAGCGCUGGUCAGUUCCCUCAGCUCUGGUUAGUUCCCUCAGCGCUGGUUAGUUCCCUCAGCUCUGGUUAGUUCCCUCAGCGCUGGUUAGUUCCCUCAGCUCUGGUUAGUUCCCUCAGCGCUGGUUAGUUCCCACUUCACACUCAUCUAAUCCACUGUGUUUUUCUUUGACCUUGAGUCAGAUGGAUCUUCUGCUACAGAGAUGCAGGCGAGUCUGAGUCGUGUCACGAUCGAGCGUCAGCGCCUCAGACACAAAGAGACGUUGUGACAUCAGGAAGGUUCUGCUGAGCCCAUUUGAUAGAAAUCAGUUUGUACAGAACUUUCCUAGAACUUAAAGAACCGUCUGAGGCUUCAUCAUGUUCCCCGAGUCUCGGAGAGAAGAGUGAACCUUGUUCCUCACGAACUGUUUACAAUCCUGAUUCUCACCAGUCACAUGUUGCCUUUCACAAGCUUGAGGACUUGAUUUACUUACUUUUUGAAAAUGUGAAAAUGUUUUUGACAGUUUAUGGGAUUUAUGGGAUGUGACGUUUGAAAUUGCCAAAAAAAAACCUUUGUCAGUGUUUUGACAGUUUCUCCUUAUGCACGAGCACUUUGACCAGUUUUCACCUGGAGUUUGUAUCAGAGAGAUUUUUCAUGUUGUACAGUUUUGACCUUUUUCAGCUUCUUACUUGUAGAAACGUAUUUUAUCUUCUUCUCGGCUGGUUUAAAGUCCAGCGGUUUGUUUUCAGCGUGCCUCGGCUUGAAUAAAUAAAAAACUGAAACUGAAA